AUGACAGGGAUGGUUUCAGCCCCCGGGGGGGGGCGCGGCGGCCGAGGCGGCUUCCGGGGGGGGCGAGGCGCUGGUUUCCCGCCCCGGGGGGGCCCCCGGGGGGGCGGGUUCGGGGCGCGGGGGAGGGGCGGCCCCGCCCGGGGGGAGGGCGGCCGAGGGGGCUCCCGCGGCGGCUUCAAAGGGGGGAAGAAGGUGACGGUGGAGCCGCAUCGGCACGAAGGGGGUGUUCAUCUGCCGGGGAAGGAGGACGCAUUGGUCACCCGCAACCUGGUCCCGGGGGAGUCGGUCUAUGGGGAGAAGAGGAUCUCCGUCGAGGACGGUGACACCAAGGUGGAGUACCGCGCCUGGAACCCCUUCCGCUCCAAACUGGCGGCCGCCAUCCUGGGUGGCAUCGACCAGAUCCACAUCCGACCGGGGACGAAGGUCCUCUAUUUGGGCGCCGCUUCGGGGACAACGGUGUCCCACGUCUCCGACAUCGUGGGACCGGAGGGACUGGUUUACGCCGUGGAGUUCUCCCACCGCUCCGGCCGUGACCUCAUCAACGUGGCCAAGAAACGCACCAACGUCAUCCCCGUCAUCGAGGACGCCCGUCACCCCCACAAGUACCGCAUGCUCAUCGGCAUGGUGGACGUGAUCUUCGCGGACGUGGCGCAGCCGGACCAGACGCGGAUCGUGGCCCUCAACGCCCACAACUUCCUGCGCAACGGCGGCCACUUCGUCAUCUCCAUCAAG